UCCACGCUGGAGAAGCUCAGAGUAUACAGAUCUCGCUACAGUGAAACAUCUAAGCUUAAGGCUUGGUUGAAUUAAAAUAGCAAGUUUCGUCUCAGCGCUGUUUAUGUUCUGACAUCUUGAAAGAGUACAACAGCUUUGGCUGAGGAGAUUUUAAUGUUCGCGGAGCCGAGUUUUGGACGUUGGCGAUAACUUUACGCAGUAAGUUUCUGACGGGACAGGGAGUUCACGAGCGAACUCUAAACUUUGUGAAUCUUCUUGCUUUUGUCUGAGACCCCGCGCUACUUGUUUUCUGAGGUGCGAGCGGAGAGCGGUUUAUUGCUUGAAACCGUGAAAGACUUUUGAACAGAAAGUUUCGUUUUCUCUUCUAUGUCUACCAAGAUGGAAACUACUUUCUACGAUGACUCUGUAAACAGCGCUUUCUCUCAACAUGACAGCGCUACAUUUGGAUACAACCACAAAGCUAUGAAACACAGCAUGACGCUGAAUCUGACCGACCCAGCCGGCAACCUGAAGCCCCACCUGCGGGCCAAAGCCAACGAGAUCCUCACCUCUCCCGACGUGGGACUGCUCAAGUUGGCUUCGCCGGAGUUGGAGAGGCUCAUUAUCCAGUCCAGUAACGGCUUGAUAACCACAACGCCGACUCCGACUCAGUUUCUGUGUCCCAAGAAUGUGACGGACGAGCAAGAGGGUUUCGCUGAAGGGUUCGUGAGGGCACUGGCCGAACUGCAUCACCAACACUUGCCGAACGUCACCUCCGCUCCCCAGACCACCAUUAACAACACGAUGGCACCCGUGUCGUCCAUGGCAGGUGGUGCGGUUUACAGCUCAGCCAUGCGGUCGGAACCCCCGGUGUACGCUGACCUGAACACGUUCAACCCUGCUAUCAGCAGCGCGCCCUCGGCAGCGCCGAGUUUCAGCGCCCCCAACCCUGCUAUGAGCUACACGACAGCACCGCCACAGCACACCUUGAGCACGCAACUGCCCGUCCAGCACCAGAGACUUCAGGCGCUGAAAGAGGAACCACAGACGGUGCCCGAGAUGCCCGGAGAGACCCCUCCUCUUUCUCCCAUUGACAUGGAGAGCCAGGAGCGCAUUAAAGCCGAGAGAAAGCGCAUGAGGAACCGGAUCGCCGCCUCCAAAUGCCGGAAGAGGAAACUUGAGCGGAUCUCCCGGCUGGAAGAUAAAGUCAAGAACCUGAAGUCGCAGAACUCGGAGCUGGCAUCCACUGCCAACAUGCUGCGCGAACAAGUGGCACAGCUCAAGCAGAAAGUCAUGAACCACGUCAACAGCGGCUGCCAACUUAUGUUGACACAACAGCUGCAAACGUUCUGAGAAGAACGAAAAGACUUUUGAGUUUACUUAAAUAGACGCAAAGGACAAACUUCAUGGGCUUCGAGCAAGCAUGACUGCUGGCAUUAGCCCACUGGGACCGGGACUGUCCGGCCGAGUGCCUUGCGCUCUGGCGCGUAAAAGGAUGCGCUGACUGGACUUUUGAGGAGUACAAAACUUCACAAACUCGGUCUAAUAGAGACAGAGGGCAUGAGACUCACUCUGUUACAUCUUUUACUUUCUGAUAAGAAAAGAGACUUUGUUCACUUUGACCAGAUGGUGCAUGGACCUAAGCUUGACGGAGCACUCAGUAUUAUUGAAGAAAAACCGGGGACAUGACUACAAUAGGGAUAUAAAUGUCUGGCGCAUACCGAGCAGGAAGUCGUGUCCUUUAUACAUUUGAUAAAAGCUGCCUGACCUUAUGAGUUACAUUGUACUUUUUGUUCUUAAACUGAAUGAAAUUGCUUUUUUCCUUUGAGUUAUAGUCAAACUUCAGCAGUUUCCUUUUUUAAAAAAAAGUUCAUUAAUGAGGUUUCACUCAUUGUUAUUUGUAAAUAAGAUCAACCAGGAGUACUUAAGUUUACCAUUUGUAAGUAAAGUACAAUAUAAUUUUUUAUGUUUGUUUUCUGAGAACAUCAGAAACUAAUCAAUAUUUAUGAACUGUAAUAAAGUAUGUGAAACGAAAACAA